CUGGAACUAUAUAUAAGAACGCGAACGGACAAACUGUGUUUUAAAUGUGUUUUUAAAAUUUGAAAGUCAUUUCUAUUUCUAAAAACAUUUUAAUUCAAAAUAGUAUUUCUACCAUUUUUCACACUACUUCAUAAUGGCAGCUGGUUCAGUAUACCACGCUGCACAUAAGGGAGAUUUUGAAUAUGUUUCACAAAAGAUUGAAAACGUUCCAAUAAUUCUAAAAGCACCAGACGAAAGUAAGAGGCUUCUAAUUCAUUGGGCAGUUCUCAGUGGAAAUGUAAAGCUUAUUACCCAUUUACUGGACCUUGGAUCUCCUGUGAACCCCCCAGAUGAUACAGAUACGACACCAUUAAUAUUAGCUUCAUCAGCCGGCCAUAUCGAAGUUGUCAAAUUGUUAUUAAAAAAAUGUAAUGAUGUAGAUCAUAAAAAUAUACAGGGCCACUCAUCGCUUCAGUAUGCAGCAUCCAAAGGUUGGACUGAGAUCUGUGCCUUGUUACUCGAAAAAGGAGCUGACGUCAAUAUUAUGGAUGAAAGAGGAAGUACUCCGCUACACCGAGCAGCCUCUAAGGGUCUUCUAUCCGUUCUAGGUAUUUUACUGUCACAUCGUGACAUUAAAGUAAACGUUAGGGAUAUUUAUGGCAAUACUCCCCUUCAUUAUGCUUGUGAGGAGGAUAGAAAAGAGGCAGCUGUUAUGUUAGUUGAACAUAGAGCUGAUGUUGAAAUUAAAAAUAGGGAGGAUAAGUCUUGUUUAGAUUUGUGUACACCAGUUUUAGCUAGGCUUCUUAAAAGUAAGUCAAAAUGUUAGAUGAUUAAUGUAAGAUUAAUAAAGUUUUAUUUUAAGAAUA